GUGGUGCGUCCAUUUUGUCGACGCUCACGGUCCCGGUUAGUCGACGCCGGUGUGGAAUAGUAUAAUUCCCAUUUGCUGUGAGUUCGCGCGCGGGAGAUCUCAGUGGCUGUCCUUCGACGGCCACGCAUCACAUCCGAUCACGGAUCCGUGUUCCCGGGCGAGCGUGAGAACACCCGGAACAAUAAGGAACGUCGCGCGAAAAGGGAACGUAUUCCCCUCAUCUGGGAUUAUUGUCUGACAUCGGACAUCGGCAAGACUCGUUGUAACUGACGGAGUCGACAAAGGCGUAAAAACGACUGGAUUCUUUUCUCACUGAUAAUCUGCGCUCUUGUCUGUACCUGUAGUGAAUCGUUCGUGCAAGAUGGCGGAUCUGCAGGGCACCCCGGGGGCACAGGACGCCCUGGCUGUGGCGCAGCUCGAGCUCGAGGGGAAUCCGAAUGCCUUGGCGCUGCGUAGGCCGUUCGAUCCGGUGGCGCAUGAUCUCGAUGCAUCCUUCCGCUUGACGCGUUUCGCCGAUCUGAAAGGAUGAGGGUGUAAGGUCCCUCAGGAGAUUCUCGGGAAGCUCCUUGAGGGACUGCAGGCUGAUAACGCGUCCGCACAGGAUCACGAGCAUGCCCACUUCAUGCACAUGGCGAUUCCGCGCAUAGGCAUUGGCAUGGAUUCCUCUGUUACGCCGGUACGACAUGGCGGGCUCAGUCUGGUACAGACCACAGAUUUUUUUUAUCCACUAGUUGAUGACCCUUACAUGAUGGGUAAAAUUGCGUGCGCGAAUGUCCUCAGUGAUUUAUUUGCCAUGGGUGUCACGGACUGUGACAACAUGCUGAUGCUGCUAGGAGUUAGCACAAAAAUGACGGAGAAAGAGCGCGAUGUUGUCGUGCCACUGAUUAUGAGAGGAUUCAAGGAUUCCGCUGCAGAGGCAGGUACUACAGUGACUGGUGGUCAAACGGUUGUAAAUCCUUGGUGUACUAUAGGCGGGGUUGCUACUACUGUUUGUCAACCGAACGAGUACAUCGUACCAGAUAACGCUGUUGUGGGAGAUGUCUUAGUCCUAACAAAACCUCUCGGCACGCAAGUCGCCGUCAAUGCGCAUCAAUGGCUUGACCAACCUGACCGUUGGAAUAGAAUCAAGCUUGUGGUCAGUGAGGAGGAUGUGAGAAAAGGUUAUCAACGUGCAAUGGAUAGCAUGUCCAGAUUGAAUAAGAUAGCUGCAAGAUUGAUGCAUAAGUAUAAUGCACAUGGAGCCACAGAUGUCACUGGCUUUGGCCUUUUAGGACAUGCUCAGAAUCUAGCCAAACAUCAAAAGAAUGAAGUCUCCUUUGUUAUUCACAAUCUGCCUGUUAUCUCUAAAAUGGCAGCAGUAGCGAAGGCAUGUGGCAAUAUGUUCCAGCUGUUGCAGGGCCAUUCAGCCGAGACGAGCGGUGGUUUGCUUAUCUGCCUUCCUCGAGAACAGGCUGCAGCAUAUUGUAAAGACAUCGAGAAGCAGGAGGGAUAUCAGGCGUGGAUUAUUGGCAUCGUGGAAAAGGGACUGCGUACGGCUAGAAUAAUUGAUAAACCGCGAGUAAUCGAAGUUCCGGCUAAGGAGAAAGACGGCGAGCUUUGGUAAACUAAUAAUAAUAAUAAGAAGAAGAUAUACUAAUAGAAAUAAAAAAGGCCCAGAGAGAUAUUGUGCAUAUGCCUCUUCAAUUACACAUAUGUUUACAUAUUUGGAAAAUAGCACGCAACUCAACGAGCGCUUUUAUGUAUGUACACUAUGUACGAAAGGAGUUAGUUAUUUUCGUAUCUGCAUUUUGCGUAUAUUUUUUAUUGAUCAAUCACAUUUGGCAACCAUUAACAUCUCGAUUAUUAAGUCACAAAAAGUGAAAAUUGUUUCACAAUUAAUUCAUUGUAUCAUUUAUAUGGAAUAACUGUUUGUGAUUUAAUAGUAGAUUUGUUAAUGAUUAAUAUCGCGUUAAUAUUUUUUUUCUUUUUCUUUCAAAGCACAUUUAUAUUAUAUAGAAAAAUAUGCUAUUUCCUGUUUUUUUUUUUAUUUUUUUUUCCACGUGUUAACUCUGUAUUUAAAACUAAUUGCAAGUUUGAAAAUAUUUUGUUCAAAAUAUGCAAAACUGAAAAUAUUUUUAAUAUUUGUAAGAUUAAAUUAAAAAUAGCAUGUUAAGUAAUUUAGAUUGACAAGCUUCAAAAACUACACCCAAAUAAAUAUUAAGACGGCAAUGAAUAUAUUGAAGUUGAGCGCUCGGUGUUAUCAAGUUUGACAAAGAUAUCGAAAUGAUCGCUUACAAUUACAAAGAUGUAUGAAAUUUAUAUUUUAUAAAUUGUAGAAGCUAAACAUAAAAUCGAUAAGUACACAUUUACAAACUAUGAACAAUUGUAAAUCAAUGACAAACGCAAUGAUUACAUAAAAAAUAUUGUUGCAUAGGUAGCAUAUUCACAGUGACAGACUUACAAUGUUCAACUUUUAGAUUUAAUAACUAAGUAGAAUAUCAACACAAACACAGAGUCCAAAAAAAAAUAAAUAAAGGCCUUCUAAUUGUCUCUCAUAUGCAUACGCUUUGAAUGAUUCUCAAAAGAGAAAUAUUAAGCACAGGUCCUAAUGUUGUAUUACUUUUUCAUAUAAAUAAAGUACUACUUUGUCAAUAAAA